AUGUUCCGAUCUUUUCUCAAUUCCAUUUUCCCAGGCUCGCAAACCCCGCCAGAGUCCACAAUCGCCAAUUCUGCCUCCCCCGACGAGUCAGGUCAGCGAGUGACCGGCUCGACGUGGGAAGUCCACCGAAUCAGCCACCCUGCAACCGCGCCGUGGCAUCUCAACCUUUCGGACACAGACACCGACAAACUUAUCAACGGAUAUCAGCCUGCGGCGAUGGAAGAUCGGUGGAUGUGCCGUUCGGAUGGACCGGACGAACAAGGCAAUAUAGUGGUCCAUGUGUACCGAAGUUGGACCGGCAACGAGCAGUUUCAGAUGAAGGUGACUGCUUCCAGCCUCCGCGGGACCGCACUCCGCGGAUCCGAAGCCAAGAAUUCUGGUGAAAAGGAUGCGGAGAUUACAGAGAUCACAUGGGAUACCGGCAGUGGUGAUACGCAAAUGUCGGAGGAGGAUGCGAAGAGCUUGGCGACGACGAUUUGUAAAAGGGUGCUGGGAUGUGAGCUCGAGCAGAAUUCUUAG